ACCCACUGCACCUCCCCGGCUCCCCUUGACAAAGAGAGAGAGGAGGAGGAGGAGGAUUUGUCUCCAUUUCUUCUUCUUCUUCUGUGCUGCUGAGUCCCUUAGCUGAGACAUGAAUCCUCCAUUGCCGCCUCAUUCUAACCACCAUGACCUCGGCCAAGGCUCGCCGACCCAGCUAGGCCUUGACUUCAUGUGCCUCGGUGCACCCAACCUACAGUACCAACAAGACAACCCGGCGGAUCUGAGCCGGCCGGCGCCGGAAUUCCAUGAGUUCCAGCUCUUCCCACAUGAUGAGACGCCUAGUUUGCUCUUCCACACCACUUGGCAGCCCAGCAUGGACCAGGCCGUGGAACCGGCCGAACAGCUGCUGCUGCCGCCGAGCCGAGGGAGUUCGGACAACGCGGGCAAUUCGUUCAUGCGCCGGCUGACUUUAGAAGGUUGCUGCACUACAGACAGCUCUUGUGCGUCGCAGCCCAUGGAGUUCCCCCUUCAAGGACAGGCCUCUGGUUGCAGCAGCACAGCAACUACAGUUACAACUGAGGGCAGUGACGCGAGGAACACAAGUGAAGCCAUCUCUGCAACAGAGAGAGAAGCAAGAGUGUCAAGAUACAGAGAGAAGAGAAAAAGGAGGCAUUUCGCCAAGACGAUACGUUAUGCUUCCCGCAAGGCCUACGCCGAAACGAGGCCGAGAGUAAAGGGUCGAUUCGUGAAGAGCACAGAGGCUGAGGCAGUGGCACCACCCCAACAUUAUUCGAGGUUCGGUAUGGAAUGGUUCCAUCCUUAGUACCCUACAAAGCAGCCGUUCCAUUCUGAACUCUGAAUAGCUAGAAAGGAAAGGAAAGUAAUUCAGCUAUGCCACUCUCUAAGAGGGAAUUCUUCUCCCUUUCUGUUCACAAUGCAAUUAUUAUUGAUCACAAAGAAUUUGUUUUAUGUAACGAGGGGCGUGGUUUUGCGUGGUCUGUUUGUGCUUCCAUCAAGCUUCUGAUACUGGUUUUCUGGGGAAAACCUGUGGAGAGAUCGCCCUUUGGUUUCCCUCAAGAUUGAAGAAGUUCUUUUUUUGCCAAACAAAGUGUUCGGAAUCAAGAAAAAACGAAGGAUGGGGCAUUUUUCUGGAUAA